CGGCGACUCUGGCGAGCACACAUUGGCGCACGGCCAACGGCGAAUUCGUUCGCCGGCUCCCAACAGGAACGCAUCGUCGCCGACAUACACAGCGUGAGCGCCAACCUAACCGAGGGGGAACACCAUACAUAUAUAUAUAGAUACACCGUUAUUAAUUCUACGGUCGUGGGCGAGUCGUUUGUGAAAAUGGCCGGGGAAAAGCGCAGCCAGGACCAGGAUGAGACCGCGAGGACGGUGCUCAUCGACAUCGAGGGCACCACCACGAGCAUCAGCUUCGUUAAGGAGACCCUCUUUCCUUACGUGCGUCAGAAUUUGAAGGAUUAUAUUGAGACAAAAUGGGAGGAUGAGGAGUUUAAGCAAGACUAUGAGAAAUUAAAGGAACAGGCAAAAAAGGAUGAAAAUGAUAAAUUAGAUGGCUUUGUAGCAAUUAUUGGUGAUAAGCCUGAAGAAGAAAAAGAUUCACUUUUGAAAAAUGUUUUGUGGCAAAUGGAUAGCGAUCGUAAAACAGGGGCAUUAAAGCAACUACAAGGACAUAUGUGGCGUGAAGCAUAUAAAACAGGCGCAAUUAAAGCUCAUGUUUAUGAAGAUGUUCCUAAAGCACUUGAAUCUUGGAAAAAUGAUGGCAGAAAAAUAUAUGUUUACUCAAGUGGCAGUGUUGAGGCACAAAAACUUCUUUUUGGGCAUUCUAUACAUGGCGAUUUGCUUAAGUAUUUCAGUGGUUUCUUUGAUACAGAAGUAGGUGCCAAGCAAGAAAGUGAUAGCUAUAAAAAUAUAUUAAGUAAAAUUGAUGACCAACCAUCCAAUGUUGUUUUCCUCACUGAUGUUGUAAAAGAAGCUGCAGCUGCCAAGGAAGCAGGUUUAUCAACAGUCAUCGUAGUACGUGAGGGUAAUGCAGCCCUCAAUGAUGAAGAAAAAAUUAUGUAUACAACUAUCAAGUCCUUUUUGGAUUUAACAUUUCAAACAUCUACAAAACGACAGAAAUUAGAAACAACAAAUGAAAAAAUUGACAAAGAUACAACUGACGUCAGUGAGCCAAUGGACACUUCUGAAGAUGUAGAAGUACCCGACAUUAAUGAUCCAAACAUUAAAAAAAACGAAGAUGUGAAAAAAGAGACUGAAUCAGAAGGAACAGAAUGUCUAAAGAAUCAAAUGUCACAAGAUACUUCAAUUUCUUCGCCACAAAAAGAAGAACCAAUGGCUAUUGAAAAAGAUCCUUCAAAUUCUGAACAAAAGACUCCAAUUGCAGAAGCAGAAGAAUCUGUUGUCAAACCUAAGGAUAUGAAUGAAGAUACAAACAACUCAUCUGGAAAUGCAGAAGAAACUGUGAAAGAUGACACUACACUCCUAACCACAAAAAAAAGUGAUCAAAUUGUUAUACCAGAAAAGACUGAAGAAAACUUGGAUACAGUUACAACUGAAAUUGUUCCCACUGCCAAUAAAUCCCUAGAUGUAUCCAUAUCAGAGUCUAUAUCAAAAUCUGAAAAUACUCCAACGUCUUCCGAAGAAAAAAUUAAAGAUUCAACAGACAUUGCGAAAGAUAUAAAAGUUGAAUCUGUUGACAAAACUCAAGUGGCUGAUAAUGAUAAAAAAGACGAUAUUGAACCGCAAUCACAAAAUUGUGACAACACAACAGCGGACAAACUUAAAGAAUGUUUGACAGCAGAAAAGGAUGAAAAAGAGGAAAAAGAAUCAAAGAUAGUUUCCGGCAAAUCUGAAAACGAAAAUGUAACAAAGAAUGAACAAGAAGAAAUAAAAAAUGUAGAGCCGAUUGCAGUAGACCUUGCAGAAAAUGGGGAGACUACACAGGCAGCUGUAGAAAACAUUACGGUAACAGAAAUGGAAGCAACAACUAGUACAACAGAUGUAAAAAAAGAAGUAACAACGCCGGCUGAUGUAUCCGCAGAAAAAAGUUUAGAAACAGUCGCGAAAACUGAAAAAAUCGAUGAAAAGACAUCCCAAGAAACGGAGGAAACGAUGGUCACUGACGCUGAAAAACGCGAGAAUGAAACUACGAAACAGGAGACAAAAGAUGAAGAGACAGUGAAAGAAGAAAAUGUAGUGGAUACGAAAGACAAAAAUAUAGUGGAUUCGGAAAAGCAAAAACUCAAUGGAACCGCGCAAAACGGAAAUACGGAUGUGCCAGUGUUGGAUGACAAAUUACACAGUAAUGGACUGAACGAAGGACCGUCGAAGGAGACGACGAGCGAAGAAGCGGCAGCGCAAAACGGUGAGCCUGAGAGUUCGUCGGAAAGUAGUGCGGAGUCCAUAAAAGUUAAAAAGGUCGUCGAUUCUACCGUAGUCGAGGGUGCUGGAGAACCUGACGUUGUUCCUCCUGUAGUUGUAGCAGCGACGUCUUAACUUUGUUCUUAUACAGUUUAAGAAGUCCUACAUACAUAACCCUAAUCCACAAGUACUUAUUCACAGGUAUAAACUGAUAUAAAUUGAUUCCAUAUACUUUACGUAAAUCGUACUACGUGUCAAAAACGUGACGCGCUAUUUUAAAAUGCAGUUCGUAAACUAUCAUUCUUUUCAGCGAUUAUAACGAGAGAAAGAAAAUAGCGGGAUAUGAUACGAAAGAUUUGAUUGUUCUUUGAACAUUACGAUAGUUGUAUAUUUUACUUUCCGUGAUGGCCAAUUUCUCUAUUUAUAUGAUGUCUACAUCGUUAACGUUUUAUGUUAACUCGUAUAUACACUGACUGAUGCCUAUAUCGCGGAGAUCGGCUUCUAUCGUUAGUUUUUUUUUCUGUUUGCUUUCCCUAAUAAUGAUCCAUUUUCGAUUAUUAUUAUGACAAUUUUUAUGAGGGAAAGUUUGACCUAUUACGAUUAAAUUUGCAAAACUUUCUUAGCUGUAAUUUCGCGCGUGAUCGGUCUAGAAGUAAUCGAACGUGUCAUUCACUGUAAUCGAUUACUAUGUGUUUUUAAAAGUUCCCCCAUACUAUUAUUAAUAUUUACAUGACAUGUGUACUGACUUAUCUUUUUUAUAUUGCCUAAACAGAGAACAGGAUCAUACGUGAAAAACUGAUAGGAUAGGUAAUUCCAAUAUAGUUGCAGUAUGUUAAAAUGUCGAUUGUAUCUGUGCCAAAUGAAUUUAACGAUUCGAAA